AUGAUGUGGAGCUGGAUUAAAAAUAUGUUGAUCUAUGACUUGGUACGCACAAUAGAAGAUCUAGAGGAGAAGAUGGAGGUAGACAACGUGACCAUCAAGAAGCUGUGCACUUACCUGAAGAGGGAUCACAAGAUCCAUUGCACAAGGGAUUCUCUGCUCAAUAUGAUUGCAAGUUGCGGGCAUUGA